AUGUCUUCCAACGACCACCCGGAAUCCGGGAUGCCCAAAGAACACGAGUCGGGGGCUGUCACUUCUCCGCAGGAGUCCCAACCGCAAAUUGAAUCAAAAUCCUCCCCUGUCCCCGAAAACACCGUCGCUGAGCACGAUUCCUCUGCUAUCCCAUCAGACCACGCUCAGUCAGCUGCGCCCGUGAGCCACCCCGCAACUACUGGUGGCGAAAGCGCCCCGGAGGCGACUACAGCGAACGAGCCCGAGUCCGCGACCGCGAUCGCGCAGCCUGCCACUGGCGUGCCGUCGACGGAAAGCGAGGAGCUGAAGCCUGGAGCUGAGCUCUCGUCUGAGCAGGCAGAUGCUGAGGGGAAGGAGGUCGAUGCUGGGCCUUCGCUGGACAUCACGCUCCUUUUGACAACUGGGUCACGACACCCGUUCACGAUCGACGGGCCAUAUCUGCGGAAGAGAUCUGUUAAUGUUGAGAACUACGAUCCGUUUGCGAUGAGCGUUUACACUCUGAAAGAAUUGAUCUGGCGAGAGUGGCGAGCUGACUGGGAAACCCGUCCAUCGUCCCCGAGCUCUAUCCGUUUGAUUUCCUUUGGAAAAUUGUUGGAUGACAAGUCGCCUCUCUCUGAAUCAAAAUUCAACCACGACGCCCCUACUGUCGUACAUAUGACAGUCAAGCCGCAGGAGGUAGUCGACGAGGAAGACGCCAAGGGAGCGAAAGCACAAUACAGCCGGGAACGCGACAACAACGAGCGCAGCCCUGGCUGUCGCUGUGUGAUUCUUUAG